UGUCAAUAAAGACUGACCCUGAGUUUCAUUGGUGAGAGACCAGCCGUCACUUCUGACUCUCGCGGUACUGCUUGACGAAGAUGGCGGCCGAACUGGUGGAGGCGAUGAACAUGGUCAAAAGUUUCCGGGUCUCAGACCUGCAGACGCUGUUGGCCUCAAUGGGUCGCAGCAAAAGUGGGCUGAAGCAGGACCUGGUGGGGCGAGCGUUGCGGCUUGUGCAGACAGAGUACAGCCCAGAACUGCUAAAAAAUGUCAGGCAGCUUUAUGAGUCGCGGUUCCCUAAAACAUCUGGCUGGUUGGCAGCACGGCGUCCAGAGGGCGUCCCAGUCGCGUACUCGCCCAUCAGCUCUUCUCCCACCGCUUCUCAGGGCACAGACUACCUCAACGGCAUCUCCAAACCGCUCACUGCCCCUGCAGUGGAGGUCAACAUGGUCCCACUGUCUUUUUACCAGACUUUAGAGACACUGCUGCCACCUACAGAGCUAAUCCCUCAGAACAAUGACAAACUGCAGGACAGUCAAUGCAUCUUUGAAUUAACACCAAACCAAGCAGACCAGAUCAGAAAUGCAAGUGAGCUGCGACCGGGAAUCCGAUCAAUUCAAGUGGUUCUUAGAAUCUGUUACUCAGACUCCAUCGGAGUUGAAGAGGACCAGUAUCCUCCCAACAUCGCUGUAAAAGUCAACCAGUCCUACUGUCACGUACCAGGAUAUUAUCCUUCCAAUAAGCCCGGCGUUGAACCACGGCGUCCCUGUCGUCCCAUAAACAUCACUCCCUGGUUGCACCUGUCCAGUGUCACCAACAGAGUCACCAUCACCUGGGGGAACUUUGGCAAGCGAUACUCUUUGGCGGUGUAUCUGGUGAGAGCCUUCACUGCCGCCGACCUCUUCAACCAGCUGAAGCUCUGCUCUGUGGAGAGUGCAGAACGCUGCCGUGAACGCAUCCAAGACAAACUUCGUUUUGAUCCUGAGAGCGAAAUUGCGACCACGGGUCUCAGAGUGUCUCUCAUCUGUCCGCUGGUGAAGAUGCGACUCGGCGUGCCGUGCCGAGUUCUGACCUGCGCCCAUCUUCAGUGUUUCGACGCCGUCUUCUUCCUGCAAAUGAACGAGAAGAAGCCGACGUGGACCUGCCCCGUGUGCGACAAGCCGGCUCCCUUUGAGCUCCUCACCAUUGAUGGGUUGUGUUCAGAGAUACUGAAGCUGACGGGUGAGGACAUCGAGGAGAUCGAGUAUUUGACAGACGGCUCCUGGCGGCCAAUCAGAGAUGAAAAGGAGAAGGAACGAGAGCGGGAGCGCAGUAAAACUCCAGAGUACUCGGUUGUUGACAUAUGCAGUCCUGAAGCCAACGGCCAUUCUCCGGCCCACAGCAGCACCAGCCUGACGGGCCGACCCGGAAGCAGCUCCUCAGGGAUGGCUGGAGUCACGGGAGCACCGGCAGCAGGAGGUGUGGUAGUAGAUCUGACUCUGGACUCCUCCUCUGAGGAGGAGGGGGGUGGGGCUGGAGGGGACAGUGAGGACACUGAGGACAGCGCCGACAGCCCCGCCCCCAAGAGGGGACGAUACAACUACGACAAGGACUUGGUCACGGCGUACUGACCCUGCAGUUCUCCUGACAGACUGAGGCAGAGGAGCAUGGAGGUUCAGACCUGAGGGCAGAAGGAGCCUGAUGCUCACAGCGCGUCACUCCUCUUCGUGGCGUCCUGGCAAACCAACGCCGGUUUCUGGAGGAGAACGCGGUGUCUCCAUGUCCCAAUGGGGGCUGCUCCUCCUUUAAGCUUGCAGUAAACCCCGUUCCAUCCCGUUCCUGCUGUAAAGACUGAUCUCCUGACUACUGCUGCCCCGCCCCCUUAGUCUCCAGACUCCUCCCCUUCACCGUCUCUUUGUACAGACUGUCCGCCGCCGCUGCGGACCUUCAGUGUUUGCAUCACAUUCUUCUCACAUUAGUGAUGGACAGGAAGUUGUAAGCCAGCCGCCUCUGUCCUUUUUUGUUGUUGUUGAAGAUGAAAACAUCAGAUGAGAAGACAUGAAGGUCUGAGGAGCAGGUCAGGUGGAGAUCUUGGUUCAUAGCAUCAGUCCAAACGUUAACCAGAUGUUUCAGGAUCAUCUGGUUCAUGGAGGUGCAGAGCACAACACCCCCCCGAAGCUUUCCUUCUACGCGUCCUCGGAUGGAGAAACCUACCUCAACCGCAGAAGCUCGGCCCACAGAUCUGAGAGCAGCUCUGGAGCAGCUGCAGACUUCCUGAGAUGUUUCUACACUGGACUUUCAUACGAUGUGACCCUGUUCUCGGUCCAAAUCCAGGUUCACAGGUGAAGCUCUUAUUUUGGUUGAAGUUCAGGAUGUGGUCUGCCUGGCUCCUGCAAAGACGUUUGUGGACAGGAAGUGAUGGGCGGAGCUGCGCGUUUGGGUCAGUGGAGACGUCUGAAGGUCAGAGGCUGUCACUCUGCAGCUGCAUCACUGCGCUCUUCGCACUGCUCUGCUUCCUGGACCUCCUGCUGUCAGGUGGAGCGGCUGUUGUCCGUCACACAUCUCACAACAGUUGAACCUCCCGUUGCCCCGCCCGUCAGGCUCCUGUCUCUGCUGAUGAGCUCACACCAGAGCCGGCUUUGCAGGAUCCGUUUUAGUCCCAGAGUGAAUCUUCAGGCCGUCGCAUCUCCCGGUGGAAGAGAUGUUUGCACUUUGAUGGAAAACCUUCAGAGGACUCGUUUGGAAGCUCUGCAUGUUUUCAUUUGUUCCUGCACUUUGUGACCCGUUUCCAUUCGCCGUGGGCUUUAGGUUCUGAGGGUUUCAACUAGAGGGUCGCGCUUGUCCACGACACGUUCUCAUCCGCAUCUCCAUGUUGCAUUUGGAUCAGAACUUCCUUCACAGCAGAAGAAGGCGGAUUCAUGGUUAGAAAAAGAAGCUGGAGUCAAAUGAAAUCUGAUCUUCCGGUUUGGAAGACACGAAGGCUUCGGGUGUUCGAGGAGUUCUGCUCCUGUGGCUCCGCUGAAGGUUCUGUCCAUAGAACUCCUCGUCUGUUGGAGGGUCAGGCGGCCGGAGUGGAUCUCCUCAGCGUCUCGUGACAUCAUGGUUGGUGGGACCGAGCCGCGUAGAUGGUUUGAGCCUGUGGGGUCCCUGGUUUUUUUUUCUUUUACUUCUCUUAGUGGCUUCUCUUUGUAAAUGCAGAACGUAGCAUGGCCGCCCGGUGGCUCACAGUUCAUUAUGUACGAGUUUGGUUUUUUAAAUGUUCAUAAAGACAAUAAAAUGAAAAUCUUAUUUUAUUACGUCUGGAAUUCCCCCUGGUGAUUCUUCUGGGUGACAAAACGCUGAGUUCAGCAGCAGCUCUGGACGCCGCCGCUGUGGCCAACAUGUUCCACGUGUGAGUCUGUUCAGGACGAUGAAACUGUAACAUAAAGAAAUGUAUUCUAACAGCUGUUAUUGACGUGUUGAAUUAAUAAAAUCUGUUCUUAAAAAACA